GCACUGGUUCAGUGAUUUUGGUGGUAUACAUCGUUCCUUCCAGUUGGGUCGAAGCAUCCCAAUAAUCCGCAGGCCACAGUGGAGGCCUCAGACAGAUUUGAUUUUCUCUUGGUUAGGUCAACGUUUACAAAUCCUAAUAGCGGUUGGCGAUUUAUCUGCCUCGUGUUCGAGUCGAAGCUCCGGCGGCGGGCUCAGCGGUAGUUCCAAACGUACCCACACUCUUCCUUUGCUUCUCGACGAGUCAGCAACAGUUAACGUCUAUCACGUUACCAUCGCUAUCACCUGAACGGGUGACGGCUGGAGCGAUCGUCUCUUAUACCCUUCGAUCAACCAUCGCCACUGCAAACAAUUUUUCGCUCCGUCUCUCUACCAAAGUACGGCGUCUGCAUUCCAACACCAAAGCAUGUCAGCAAACAAAAGUCCAAACCCAUAUAACGGCGCUCCUCCGAAGUACUUGAACGACUUCAGCAAAGCCCUCGCCGGCGAAGUCAGAAUUCUUCUCGCCGAGGUGGGGAAGUUGAGGGAUGAGCGUAGACAGUUGCAAUUUGAAAUAGCUGAACUGAUGGCUGUGAAGUCCAAACAUGGCGCUGGAGGGGAGUAUACGCCUGAUUGGAGACCACAUCCCCAGGAACCCAUACCACCCCCUCCUGCAGCAGCGACGCCACCACCUGUUGACGAUGGUCCCCCUGUUCAAGCUCGUCCCGCGUGGCGUGUCGUUCAUAAACCAACCCGACGUGAGAAAGCGCCUAAAGGUCUUCCCGCUCCUGCUCCUGCCCCAGUACCACAAAUUGAAGCGCCUAACCCUGUCUCGAACACGAACAUGCCAGCUUGGGCGCAGUGGAGGCCAAAUCCCGCCCUUAUGCCUUCUAUGGUACCGAGUGGUCCGGUAUCUCCCAGGCCUGCUACGCCUCCCUCACGUCCUGGUUUGUUUGGCCCCCCUACUCCGCCCCCCAAGUAGAAGGUGGCAUGUAAGUCUUAGUCCCCACAGACGUGGGAGCCAUGGUAUUUCGCAUGUUUUCCACUCUCACUUCCUGUCUUUCAUCUAUGUCUCAUCUUUGUUCUCUCGCUUUAUACUCCUGCUGUUCAUUUACCCAUGCUCCUCCCCUUUACUACUGUAUCCAGAGGUUGGGCCGUACUUAUCGCCAAUCGUAUCCAUAAUAUGUUUGCUUCAGUUCAAAACGCACCCAUUUCGCGUCUAUUACUGCAAAGCCUUGACAGGAAAGGCGAGGAUAACGUUCCAGCUCCUACACUAUUGUAAAUUCCUUCGAGAAUUCCCUCGGAAUUUGAGGGUCUUUGCCAUUGGGGUAAAAACUACACGAGUCUGCG